GAGAGGCGCUGUCACGCAGGAAUCAUCCGCUAUCGGCGCUCCGUCACUGGACUGUACAGUGUGUCCUUCGUCCACGCACGACAAUAACAUUUAGAAAGCUGUUGUUCAGUAUAUUCGAUAAACAUGUCCACUACGACCGGUGGCGGAGAGUUCGGCAACCCUCUGCGGAAAUUUAAGCUGGUUUUCCUGGGCGAGCAAAGCGUGGGCAAAACUUCACUUAUCACCAGGUUUAUGUAUGACAGCUUUGAUAAUACUUAUCAGGCAACUAUUGGUAUAGACUUUUUGUCAAAAACCAUGUACCUGGAAGAUCGCACGAUUCGGCUACAGCUGUGGGACACUGCUGGGCAGGAACGCUUCCGUAGCCUCAUUCCCAGUUACAUCCGAGACUCCGCAGCCGCAGUGGUGGUCUAUGAUAUAGCAAAUCUUAACUCUUUCCAGCAAACCUCAAAGUGGAUAGAUGAUGUCAGAACAGAGAGAGGAAGUGAUGUUAUUAUCAUGUUGGUUGGCAACAAGACAGACCUGGGUGAUAAAAGGCAAGUGUCAGUAGAGGCAGCAGAGAAAAAAGCUCGGGAACUGGGGGUGAUGUACAUAGAGACCAGCGCCAAAGCUGGCUAUAACGUCAAACAGCUGUUUCGUCGUGUUGCUGCUGCUUUGCCUGGAAUGGAUAGUACACCAGAGAAGAGCAAAGAGGACAUGAUCGACAUCAAACUGGAGAAGCCUCCGGAGUUGCCCGUUACCGAAAGCAGCUGCUCGUGCUAGUAAACCACCCUCAUCCCCCAGCAGGCCCUACGCCCCCCCUCCCACUCAACCCCCUCUCACACACACACACAGCUUGCCUCUCAGUGGUCACUCACUCCUCUCACGGCCCCAUGUCACGAGCCAAGAACCCUUUCUUUCUCUUCGACUCGGUGACUUCUCAGAGUAACCGUGUGGAUGUGCUACAACUCUGAAUUCAAACGGAUUCCAAAACAUGUAUAAUAAUGGGGGGAAAACGUAAAUCAAAGCAUAUUUUAAAUGCGAAAAAUCUGUUCUGGCUGCAUGGCAUUAAAUGGGACUGCAGACUGACAUAAGCUCAUAUGCUCUUGAGUUUUCACACAUCAGUGCUGUCAUAGUCAUUGUGAAGUGUUUCAGAGCCUGGGCUGAUGUCCUCUUGUUUUUUUAAGGGCCUUUUUAAGAAAUUACACUGGAGGAAAAGGUUGAGAUUGUUGUGUUGAGAGGCUGUAAACUUCUGUUACCAAGUUGUUUUGUUUUUUAAACACACUAUUUUGUUGGCAGAAGUUAUUUAAUCUGAUUUUGAAAUGGUCAUAUCAUUAAUAUUCUGUAUAAUUGGGUGUUUUUUUUUGUGUUAUAAGCGGUAUUAGGGACCAGCUAUCAGUUAAAGGUCUUUUUGUUUCAAGAAAGAUUCACGUUCGGCCAAUAAUUGAGCAGUUUUGUUUACGAGAGAGGUCUCAUUCGAGAACAGGCUGAUUUUAUAUUCGGAGGGUUGCAUGGAGGUCGAAUGUAUUGAGUUGUGAGGGGGGGGAUUUUGGAUUUAACAUUCUUAGAAAAGGGAAAAAUUGCUUUGUAAACAUAUUUUUAUUUCAUCAAAACUAAAAGCCUAAGAUAUUUAAUGACUUAUCCACAACUUUAAUGGUAAAAACAAACCCUGUAUGUACUAACAAAACUAUGGUAACUGAGCUUGGAUAUGGAAAGCAUCAGCAAUUCACACUAAUUCCACUCAUCAUUUUCUGCCUUGUUUUUGCUGUGCGAGUGUAGGAGCAGCAUGCAGUUUAGAGACGGUUUAACACAAAAUUGCCUUGCUUGUUUUGUUGUCAUAGUGCACCAGAUCAGGCCGCAGCGCUGUGCUUUGCUCCAGCCUGUUAACAUUGCAUAGAGCUAACGAGUUUUUGAGUUUGGGAUGUUUCGAUUUCCUCUUUCGACACGGCUAUCGCUUGGUGUACAGACAUGUCUUAGUAUUGCUUGUCGUAAGACUGUUGGUUUCAUGUGUUUAUUUAUUAUCUCACUAGUUAGUGAAAGUGUGUCGUAUGCUUGACAGGAAUGGCAGCAAUGUGCAGGAAUCAAAGGUUGAUGUGUAAUUUGCAUUGCUGCCUGGCUACUGUAUCGCAAAAACCUGCUCAUGUCACUCUCCUCUUGCCACAAGUCCCAUCUGUAACGCUGGGUUUCUUCAGUAUAGCUUGAGUGGGCUUUUAUUUGCUGGCGGAAACCCCUCAGCACUGUCGCUUUUCCUCUCAUUCGACGGCAAAUCCUGAAAAACAAGGGCAUCAGGUGCGUUUUAAACGUUAACAUUUAAUAUGGUUUGAUUAUGUAAGAAUUGACAUAAGAGUGAAAACCCUCCUGAACAGCUCUGUCACUCGUCACUGACUGAAUACUCAGCUGUGUGCUCUUCUAAAGUGUGUUGGUCUGUUUGAAAUACGCUGUCUACUAGUGUUUAGCAAAGUUUGUGUGAACAAAGUACUAUUAUUAUUAUUAUAUGCUGUAAAAAAUGGAAGGUUAAAGAGACACCAAAUGUAUCACAUGAAUAAAAGAUAUUUCACCAA